GUGGAAAGAAGGACGGCACAUUUCUCAGAUUUCGCCUGCCAUGGCUCCCGCGGACUUCGUGGUGGAGGCCCUCAGAGGAGAGCACUUGGAGGCGGCCGCGCGCUUCCUCGGCGCCUUUGCAGGGCCCGCCAGGUGGGAGGACCGCCUGCGGGGUGUGGCUGCUGCAGUGGCGAGAGGAGAAGGCGGCGAGGUCUGCGGGGUGGCGUUGCUGGACCCGGAGAUGGGAUGGGAGGUGCACUGCGGCAUCCCCGGCCUCGGCUCGCGGCUCGUGGCCGCCGCUUCCGCCUCCGCUGCUGGGGCCGCCUUCGCCGCCGCCUCCGCGAGCGAGGCCUUCUGGGCGCGGGGGUUCCAGGCCUUCCCGGGGCUGCUGGCGCAGGCUCCGCUGAUUCGGGAGAAGAUGGAUCUGAUGAUGCGCGGGGCAUCCGGGGCCACCUCGGAUUGGAACGCGGUGAAUGAGGGCGCGGCUUUCGUCUCGGCGGUGGAUGAGCGCGGCGAGGUCAUCCCCGGUCGCAUCUUGAAGGUGCAGGCGGCUGCCUGUGCUUCGUCUGCGGUGCUGGAACUUUUUGCCUCACCCCAGGUGGUGGAGCGUGUGCGGCAGCUGUAUGAGGUGUUGGGCCAAGAGGCUCCGAAGCACGUGGAUGUCUUCGGCACCAAGUUCUUCCCCAUGUGGCCGGGGGGCGUGUCUGUGCACUGGCACCAGGAUGGCCACUUCUUUGGGACUGCAUCCCCAAGGAUCAUCUCUUGUGGCAUUUACCUGGAAGACACAGACGAGGAGAACGGGUGCCUUCAGGUGGUGCCUGGGUCCCACACACGGAGCUUCGAGCAUGUGAAGGGUGAGGGGCUGCAUGCUCAGGGGGAAUGGGCGCGCCCAGACGACUCCGACGAGAUCCUGGAUGUGGUGGUGCCUGCCGGGUCUGUGGUGCUUUUCAACUCCAGACUGCUGCAUUCGGCCAGGAGGAAUCAGCACGAAACGCGCACGAGGUAUUCGUUGUUCGCCCACUUUGUACCAUCUGACCUGAACUUCAGUUGGAGGGGUACGGAUUUUUCCCACGGCGUGUAUCAGGAUCGGCAUCAAGUUUAUUAGCGCGAAAAAGGAUCGGCGGCUCAUCUUGAUGCAAGCAAGCGUUGCC